AUGAAUAAGGAUUUUGCUUGUCUUAAAACCUUCUUUAAGCAAAUGCUUAAGGAAAAUGAAAGGCAUAUUGUUUUUAAAAAGGUGGUUGGUGUUAUUUUAGGAUCUGAAUGGAGUGAUGAGGUUAUGAAUGAACUUGUUGAGCUUAAAAUUCGGCUUUCCGAUAGUUUUGUAAUAAGGGUUUUGAAAGAGCUUCGAGAUUGUCCUUUAAAGGGUUAUGAAUUCUUUCGUUGGGUUGGGAAGCAAUCUGGUUAUCAACAUAAUACGGUGACUUACAAUGCAGUUGCUAGAGUUCUUGCAAGGCCUGGUUCAAUUGAGGAGUUUUGGAGUGUUCUUGAAGAGAUGAAAAGUGUGAAUCAUGAAUUGGAUAUCGAUACUUAUAUGAAGAUAACAAUGCAGCUUGUAAGGAAUCAUAUGAUGGAGGAUGCUGUCAAGCUUUAUGAGCAUAUGAUGGAUGGUUCAUAUGUGCCAUCGGCUCAUGAUUGCUGUGUUCUUUUAAACGCCAUUGCUACAAGCGAUUCGUCAAAUUAUGAUCUUGUUUUCAGGGUGGCCAAGAAAUAUGAAUCUGCAGGGGAUACUCUCACAAAGGAAAUCCACGAUGGAAUACACAGGUGUUUGACAAAUGCUGGGAAAUUUGAUGAAGCUGAAAAUAUUGUUAAGACGAUGAGAAAUGCUGGCUAUGAACCUGAUAAUACUACCUACAGUCAAGUGGUUUUUGGACUUUGUAAGAUGAAGAAGGUUGAAGAAGCAUGUAAGGUGCUGGAGGAGAUGGAGUCUAGUGGCUGCAUCCCUGAUGACAAAACUUGGUCCAUCUUGAUCCAAGGGCAUUGUGCUGCCGAUGAAUUAGAUAAGGCAUUACUUUGUUUAAGUAAGGUGAUUGAAAAAGACUGCAAUGCAGAUGCUGGUGCGAUAGCCGCUCUGAUUGAUAGUUUUCUUAGUCAAGAGAAAAUAGACGAUGCAUACAAGUUUCUUGUAGAGAUGGUUAGAAAUUUCUCCACUUCUCCUAGGCAAUGUAAGUAUGAGAAAAUGAUUGAAAACCUGUUAGGAAUCGGAAAAUUUGAAGAUGCACUUGACCUUCUCUGUUUGAUGAGGAAACACAAGUACCCUCCAUUCAACAAACCCAUUGUGCAGUAUGUUUCAAAGUAUGGGACGGUGGAGGAUGCUGUGAAAUUCCUGAAGGCAUGGAGAAAGGGAAGUCCUCGGUCCCAUUCAGCCUAUCUUCAUGUUUUUGAAUCUUUCAAAGCAGAAGAUAGACUCUCCGAGGUAAAAGAUCUAUUGUGCAAGUAUCCUUUUCAAAUAAGAAGACGUAAAAAAGUCAGUGAAUUUACUUCUUUAUGUGAAGACUCGGAUGCUGCUAGUAGUGCUACUUGA